AUGGGCAACAGUUGUUCAAUUUCGAAUUCUGUAACUGCGGGAAAAACGACACGUGCUCAACAAGACGAGAUUAAUCGAUCGAUAGAAAAAGCUAUAUUGGCUGAAAGAAAGAAAAAAGUAUUGAAACUACUCUUGUUAGGACCAGGUGAUUCUGGAAAGAGCACUACUUUGAAGCAAAUGAGAAUUAUACACGAUCAAGGGUUCACUGACGACGAAAAACGACAACGAAAAUAUAUAGUGUAUCUAAAUCUUAUUUCUGGAAUGAUAGAAGUUAUAAAAGGAUUGUCCUUGUUAUCGCUCACGUAUAAAAAUGAAAACUCAGAGGAGUUUUCGAAGAAAAUCACCAAGUAUUAUGAAGAAGUGAGAAGCAGUGACGCUGCUGAACUUACUGAAGUGGUGGCGGAUGCUAUUAGUAGGCUCCUCGAGGAUUCAUCUGUACAGGAAGUGUUGAAGCAUGGAUCUGAAUUAGGUAUUGAAGAGAGCUCAAUAUACUUCCUCCAAGAGCUCUCAAGGAUACGAGAAAAAGACUACCUCCCAUCACUUGAAGAUAUUCUAAAAAGUCGAGUUUCUACAUCAGGAGUGUACCAGUUUACCUUCUACAUCAAAAAUUUCACAUUUAAAGUUUUUGAUGUAGGAGGACAAAAGGCACAACGACGAAAAUGGAUUCAUGUCUUCGAUGAUGUCCAUGCCGUAUUAUUCAUAACGUCGCUCUCUGAGUACAAUCAGGUUCUAGCUGAAGACAACUCGAAGAACCGAAUGAAGGACUCAAUUGCAUUGUUCGAGCAAAUAUGCAACAAUGAAUGGUUUUCUAACACAGCAAUGAUUCUAUUCCUCAAUAAAAUCGACCUCUUCGCGGAGAAAAUCAAGAAAUUCAAUAUUACAUGCGCUUUAAAGAAUUAUAAAGGUCCACAAGAAUAUCGCCCUGCUCUCGAUUACAUCACGAGAAGAUUUAAACAAAUGAACAAGAAUUCGAAAAGAAAUAUUUAUACUCACGAGACUUGCGCCACGGAUACCAGACAAAUCGAAGUCGUCAUUGACAGUGUUAUUGAUGUUGUUAUACAACAAACUAUGCAAAAAGUAGGAAUACAAUAA